AUGGCUUUAUCAGUAGAUUCUGCUUUGUAUCGCUGGCAGCCUUGGUGGUCUGUCGAAGAGAUCUCCCAAGCUCAGUUGGAAUCAACACCUCUGUUGUCAUCUGAGAAAGAGAGGCGGAAAUAUGACUUGAACAAAUGGAGGGUUGUAUUUCCCAGUAAUGACAGACUUCAAAAGGAUUCAGCAAAAGUCUCUCGUGUUUAUCCUGGAAAUGGGAUACGGACCACAAAGUACACUUUACUGACCUUUUUACCCCAAAAUCUCUUUGAACAGUUUCACAGGUUGGCUAACGUCUAUUUCCUAUUCUUGGUGAUCAUCAACUGGUUCCCUCAACUGGAAGUCUUCCACAGGGAGAUCACAAUGUUGCCUUUGGCUGCUGUGCUUUUAAUUAUUGCAAUUAAGGAUGGCAUUGUAGAUUACAAGAGAUACAAAUUUGAUCAGCAAAUCAACUCUUCUACAACCAAAGCAUACAAUAAGACCAAAAACACCUACAUUGAGAAGUGUUGGAAAGAUGUACGAGUGGGGGACUUUGUGCAGCUGGAAUGUAAUGAAAUCAUCCCUGCUGACAUCCUGCUGCUCUACUCCUCUGAUCAGGAUGGGAUCUGUCGCUUAGAGACAGCCAAUCUUGAUGGCGAGACCAAUCUUAAACAAAGGCAGGUUGUGAAAGGAUUCGCAAAUCAGAACACUGUAUUUGAGCCAGAAUUUUUCAAAAAUAUCAUUAUUUGUGAGAAACCCAACAAAGAUCUCAAUAGAUUUAAAGGCUACAUGGAGCAGCCAGAUCUCACACGGAUUGGUUUUAACAUUGAAAGUCUACUUCUUCGCGGAUGCACAGUAAGGAACACAGAGGUUACAGUAGGGAUUGUUAUCUACACAGGCCAUGAAACCAAAGCCAUGUUAAAUAACAGAGGUCCUCGUUAUAAACGUAGUAAAAUAGAGCAACGGAUGAAUAUGGAUAUAUUAUUUUGUGUGGGACUGCUGUUCGUCAUGUGUCUCGUUGGAGCAAUAGGUCAUGGCAUUUGGAAUGGGAAUCUUUUAGAACAUCCCUUGUAUGUCAUCCCAGACAUUAAAGGCAACUAUCUUUCUCCAGCUCUUGCAGGUUUCUACAUGUUCCUGACAAUGAUAAUUCUUUUACAGGUUUUGAUCCCGCUUUCCCUCUAUGUAUCUAUCGAACUAGUCAAGUUGGGUCAGGCGUUCCUAAUUCACAAUGAUAUCGACCUGUAUAAUGAAGAGCAGGAUUUGCCCAUACAAUGCCGAGCGCUGAAUAUCACUGAAGACCUAGGACAAAUCCGGUACAUAUUCUCUGACAAAACAGGGACACUGACGGAGAAUAAGAUGGUGUUUCGGCGGUGUACCAUUAACGGGAAAGAAUUUUCGCAUCAGGAAAACGCCAGGCGACUGGAAGCCCACAAGGAUCAGGAUUCAGAUAGUGAAGACUGGGCAAAAUAUUUGAGUCUCCCUCCAAACAAAGGUGGAGAAUCAGUUACUCUGACACAGACAGACACUGCUAAGCCCUUGAGGAGGUGUCAGAGUGCUCGGGCUCAUUUUCAGAGGCAUGCAAGAAAGACAUCUCUGGGUCCCUGGAGAUGCUCUCCAUCUCACCUGGCCUUUAGCAGCACCAUGGAGAAGGACGUGACCCCGGAUAACAGGCUGUUGAUGGAAGUGAGAAAUGCAUCGUGCCAGCUAGAAUCUUUGACACCGUUUAUGUCUGCAAAGACCACCUCUUCCAUCACAGACUUUUUUCUUGCUCUGACCCUCUGCAACACUGUUGUGGUCUCCACAGCAACUGAUCCAAGGCAAAGGGUUACUACUCCAUCACUGAUGAAACCAUCAGGACUCUCCCUAGAGAAAAUUCACCAGCUGUUCCAGCGGCUAAAGCUGGCAAGUUUCAGCCAAUCUUUCUCGCCAGCUCAGUCAAGCUCAGAGAGUUUUAACACAGAAAGCACCAGAGUCUGUGCUGAUUCCAAAACAAAAGAUGUGUUUUCUACCCAAAGCUGCUCCACCUUAACCGAUGAUGACAGUCUUCGAAGAGACUCAAUAACUGGGAAUGAUGCCACUGUGGAAUCUGAUCCUGCUCUGAUUGAGAUCUGUGGGGCAGUUAACCAAGAGGCUUUGCGGCCAGAAUCUUGUUAUGAGGCCGAAAGCCCCGAUGAAGCCGCACUUGUCCAUGCAGCCUGGGCCUAUGGGUUUACAUUAGUGUCCAGGACUGCUGGGCAAGUGACUGUGAGGCUACCAGAAGGGACAGUCCUGACCUUUGACCUCCUGUUCACAUUGGGAUUUGACUCCAACAGGAAAAGAAUGUCAGUGGUGGUAAAGCAUCCUCUGACCAGUGAGAUCAUUGUCUACACCAAAGGGGCUGAUUCCGUCGUCAUGGACUUAUUAGAAGACCCUGCCACAGCUAAUAUGACAACAGAAAAGAGGAUACGAAAAGUAAGAAGACAAACCCAAAAACAUUUAGAUCUGUAUGCACGAGAUGGCCUGAGAACCCUCUGCAUAGCUAAGAAGGUAUUGAGUGAAGAUGACUUUCAGAAAUGGGCCAACUUCCGUCGUGAGGCAGAAGCCUCUAUUGACAACAGAGAGGAGCUAUUAAUGGAGACAGCCCAAAAUCUGGAGACUAAACUCACCUUACUAGGAGCAACUGGGAUUGAAGAUCGGUUGCAAGAUGGAGUGCCUGACACCAUUGCUGCUUUCCGAGAGGCCGGGAUCCAGACAUGGGUGCUGACUGGGGAUAAGCAGGAGACAGCCGUCAAUAUUGCCUAUUCUUGCAAACUUCUAGACCAAAGAGACACUGUCUUUACAAUUAACACUGAAAGUAAGGAAACUUGUGAAUCGCUGUUGGAUAUCACAUUGGAAGAAGUGAGAAAGAAUCAAGUCAAUCCGAGAACAGUGUGGAUUUUUUUUGGCAUUCAGCUGCCAUUUUCUUGGUCAACCACUCUGACUCCAAAUCCUGCUGUCGGUCUGGUGAUUGAUGGGAGAACCUUGAAUACCAUUUUCCAGGGACAACUUGAGCAUAAGUUUCUUGAACUCACCAAGUAUAGUCGCUCAGUUCUGUGCUGCCGGUGUACUCCCUUGCAGAAAAGCAUGGUAGUCAAACUUGUACGGAGCCGGAUGAAACAAAUGACACUGGCAGUAGGUGAUGGUGCAAAUGAUGUAAGUAUGAUUCAGGCAGCUGACGUUGGCAUUGGCAUUUCUGGACAAGAAGGUAUGCAGGCUGUCAUGGCCAGCGAUUUUGCAAUAUCUCAGUUUAAGCACCUCAAGAAGUUGCUUCUAGUCCACGGCCACUGGUGCUAUUCUCGCUUGGGAAAGAUGGUGUUAUAUUUUUUCUAUAAAAAUGCGGCAUACGUCAAUACGCUCUUCUGGUUCCAGUUCUUUUGUGCUUUCUCUGGAGCCUCCAUGAUAGACUACUGGCAAUUGAUCUUCUUCAACUUGUUUUUCACUUCUGUGCCCCCAAUACUUUGUGGAAUCUUGGAUAAGGACAUUUCAUCAGAAAUUCUACUAAGCUUGCCUGAACUUUACAAGAGCGGGCAAAAUUCAGAGAUUUACAAGCCUCUGACAUUUUGCAUUGCCCUUUUGGAUGCCUUUUACCAGAGUCUCAUCUGCUUCUUUGUCCCUUACCUAGCAUAUCACGAUUCUGAUAUUGGGGUUUUCACCUUUGGAACAACAGUCAAUACCGUAGCCCUCUUUACUAUUCUAUUCCACCAAGCUUUAGAAAUUCGAACAUGGACUGUGUUCCAUGGGGCCAUAAUGAUUGGGAGCAUUCUGGUUUACUUUGUUUUCUCAACCAUCUACAACGGGACCUGCAUCCUUUGCAACCCUCCUACCAAUCCCUAUUGGAUUAUGGAAAUGGAAUUCUCAAGUCCAAGCUUUUAUCUUAUAUCCAUCAUCACUCCUGUCAUAGCACUUCUCCCAAGGUUUCUUAUCUUGGCUCUGCAAGGAACCUUGAUGACAUCUCCCAUUCUGAAAGCACAACAGCUGGAAAAGCUCCCCAAAGAGCAACGGGACUGGGAAAUACAGAAAUGGAAACUGAGGGAACAAGGCACAGUGGUCCAUGGUGAUGUGCUCAACCAAUCUGUUCCUGACUUGGAUGUGGCAGUACCCGAUUAUGUGUCGGCAGAUCUUACGCAUGAGGGACUGUGCCCUCCACAGCAGGAGAGAGAACGGAUAUUGAAUGGAGAAGGCAAUGACUACACAGAAAGAUGGGCUCUGGAAGAGGCGGCGGCUGCCAAUUUCUUGUCAGUAGCAGCCUCUCCUGAGCAAAAUGCAGCUGCAAAGCCUUUUCCUGGCAUGCUGCCCAACAAUACUGGGAAUUCUGUUCUGAAGAGCCAUCGGAGGUCUUUAAGUGCAAUGACUCUAUGAAGGGGCUUGAGCUUUUGACUGACAAAGAAAGAAAUGGAAUUGCUUCUCUGAACAUCCUCUGCCUCCCACAUGGUGGCAGAGGGAAAAUAGAGUUUCUAUUUAUAUUAAAUAGCAGCGCCCUCUGGAAAGAGAAGCCUACCUAAGAUAUAAUUUUCGCCAGCAUAUUGGGGCAGCAUAUUUUGUCUUUAUGAUGUGACAUACCUCAGGUGUAUUGAAGCGUACUUAUUUUGAGGAAGAGACGCUGCAAACAGCUUGGAGCAAUACUAGACAAGUAUCCCCUCACCGAUGUGAAAUGCACCAUUUGCUUGGAAACCAACAAUGUCUCCUGAGGAGGACUAUUUUGUUUUUCCAGGCAUGAGUCACUUAUGAAUCCAAUCUUAAUCAUGUAGGUUAUCACCCAGAGCCUCAUGUCAGGUUGGCAAAUAAAUAAUCACGUAGCCACCUUUAGUACA